UAUUCACUGCAAUAAAAACGAACUGUAACUUUCAACUGGAAAACAUCUGGACCUAGAUCAACAAAAGCGCUAACAACACAAAUUUCAGUGUAGAGGAAAAUAUUUUUCAGGGAGAAGACCAAGGAUUCCUGUAAAUAUUGAGAUAUUUCAUUACGCGGAGCAAAGAGCAACUACUAUAAGGAAAUGGAGGAAUUCACUGAUACGGAGGAAUAUGCACAAUUCUUACAAAGUCCAAACAACAAAGAUAAACUGAUAGUAAUCGACUUUUAUGCGGAUUGGUGUGGUCCGUGUAGAAAAAUCAAACCAGCCUUAAGGAAACUCGCUACUAAGUAUCCUGAUGUAAUCUUUGCAAAAGUUGAUGUUGACGAUGCUGAAGCCAUAGCCGAGUCGGAAGGCGUAGAAGUCAUGCCUACUUUUGUUUUUUACAAAAAUGGAAUGAAGUUACAUGUAUUCAGUGGAUCAAACGAAAAGGACUUAGAGGAUAAAAUAAAAGAACUUAAGUAGUAUUCGCUCAUACACUUGACAAGGAUACAACGUUACUUUAAACUUUCCGUCUCUGUUCUGGACCAAGAUUUACUCAUAUACUGAUUUCAAUGGACCUGAUGUUGUUGUUGUAAUUUGUGUAGGAAUUCGACUCAUGAUCUUUAUUGAUUAAGUGCCCAGGCUUACUAUUUUGUACCUGGGUCAGGAUAACCAAAGCGAACUGGCGCGAGCCUGUGCUGGUGACUUGGCGAACACCCUGUUCGUCUCCACAUUAUAUAUAGAAGCCUGCGGAUGCAAUCCCAUCCCACUUCCAUACCCUCAUCGAUGAGUUAUAUUGAUGUACGACCAUUUCGAAAACAGAUAAAACUGGGUGACGAGUUUGGUUCGUGGGGAAGAGAGAGGGCAGUUGGGGGGAGGGGUAGGGGGCUGUGUUAGAGGAAGAGGGGGUAGUCACAGUGAAUUGAAAGCUUCUCUCAGAAUCUGAAAUUUAUGUCGUGUGUCUAUAUUUCCCUCAUACCUCUAUCUGCGUCUUCAGUCAUGAACCUGGGAGGGAAAAGGGAAAAGGAAUACAUGAAAAGAUUGAGGGAAAACAAUUAAAGAAGAUCAUUUAGCUGAAAUAAAAUUUUUAAGUUUUUCGUUUGUAAGUACAGUGGGCUGUAGUUGUAGUUCUCUUUUUAUUGUGGUAAUGAAUAAAGUGGGUACUGUUGUAUCAGAAUCGUCGAUGCUCUUUCCAAUAAAACUGAGAACACAGACGA